AAUGGGCCGGGGGCGGCGGCGGCGGCCGGGCAGGGAGCGAUGCCUGGAGACCUUCGCGGAGGAGCUGGGCGGCUCCUUGGAGGAUGGCGGCGGCGGCGGCGGCGGCGGCGAAGACGAGGCGAGGGCCGCGGCCGGAACGCAGCGCCGCCGGUGCCCGCUGGCCAUGUGGGACCUGGGCCAGUGCGACCGGCGGCGGUGUACCGGGCGGCGGCUGGCGCGGAAGGGGCUGGUGCGGACGCUCCGCCUGGGGCAGCGCUUCGGGGGCCUGGUGCUCAGCCCCGCCGCCGUCCGCUUCCUCUCGCCCGCCGACAGGGAGGUUGUGACCCAGAAUGGAGUUGCGGUGAUUGACUGCUCUUGGGCAAAGCUGGACAAAACCCCAUUUAGCAAGAUGAAGGGAAGUCAUCUCCGGCUGUUACCCUACUUGAUAGCUGCAAACCCAGUGAAUUAUGGACGGCCAUGCAAGCUUACUUGUGUGGAAGCUUUUGCAGCUACCCUCUGCAUUGUAGGACACACUGAUCUAGCCACAAUUCUUUUGCAAAAAUUUAAAUGGGGAACAGUGUUUCUUGAUCUGAACAAAGAUCUCCUGGAGAAAUAUGCAGCAUGUAGUUGUGAAGAAGAAGUGUUAAAGGUUGAGAAUGAAUUUCUGAACCAUGCCCAAGAAAAAGAUGAAACAGAUCCUUUUGAUGUUGAUUCAGGAAAGGAAUUUUCUAUACUCAACGGGCCUUGUAGUACCACACAAGCAACUGCUGCAGAUGAGAGCUCCUCUGAGGAGACCCCUGAGGACAGUGAUGACAGCGACAGCAGCAGCGGCAGCGAUGAGGACCUGAAAACAGCCUGUUCUGGAGCCAGUAAGUCAGCUGCAGGGAGGCAAAAGAGCAUUCCCAAAGAGAAGACGUGUCACUGAAUUUAGGAACAAGGUUUUGCUCAGAGUUAAGAUAUAAACUUGGACAAUGUUCUGAAAUACUUCAUUCAGCCCAAGGGUCUUGUCCAUCAACUGAGCUGUUUGAUGAACUUCAUUAAUACUUUGUCAGAUAGAUUUUACUAAUGCAACAUCCAUAUCCCGGUCUUAUUUUUUUACUUAGCAUCUCA